AAAAGAGGGCGGGGGGAAUCAAGAGGGAUAUGUUACGUUCAUCCUGUUCUACGUGACGUGACGUGUUAAAACUUAGCGAGAUUAUUUUCACUCGUAUUCUAGUCACAAAGUGUGUUGUCUGUGUGCUGAAUUAGUUUAGCGUGUUUACUGAUAAAAUAAUCGUGGUUUUGUGCUAAAUUACGUUGCAAAAAGAUUAGUCGAACUGAUUAACUAGCGGACGCUCUGCGUAGUUAUUUUUUGGGGUAAACUAUGAGGCGGGGUUCUUCCUAUGAUUACAGAGACAGGGACCGCGGACGAGACAGGCCUCGUUCUGGGCCCAUGGGUGGUCGCAGUAAUGGCCCCCUGCCCAUGAAGUUUGGUCAUCUCGGUGACAGUCUCCGUAAGAAAAGGUGGAACCUGGAUGAGCUGCCAAAAUUUGAGAAAAACUUUUACACUGAGCACCCUGAAGUUCAACGUUUAAGUCAGUAUGAAAUUGAAGAGUUUCGCAGAAAGAAAGAGAUCACCGUCAAAGGGUCUGAUUGUCCUAAACCUGUGAUGACUUUUCAACAGGCACAGUUUCCACAAUAUGUGAUGGAUGUGCUAAUCCAGCAGAACUUCACGGAGCCCACACCGAUUCAGUCUCAGGGCUUCCCUCUGGCUCUGAGUGGCAAGGAUAUGGUGGGGAUAGCACAAACUGGCUCUGGAAAGACUUUAGCGUAUCUGCUUCCAUCAAUCGUGCACAUUAAUCAUCAGCCUUAUCUGGAGAGAGGAGAUGGACCUAUUUGUUUGGUCCUUGCCCCGACCAGAGAGCUGGCUCAGCAGGUUCAGCAAGUGGCCUCAGACUAUGGCAAGUCUUCCAGAAUCAGAAGCACCUGUGUAUAUGGUGGAGCACCCAAAGGACUACAGAUUCGAGAGCUUGAGAAGGGUGUUGAGAUCUGCAUUGCCACGCCUGGUCGCCUGAUCGACUUUUUAGAGUCAGGAAAGACUAACUUGCGUCGCUGCACGUACCUUGUGCUGGACGAAGCUGACCGCAUGCUGGACAUGGGAUUUGAACCCCAGAUUCGCAAGAUAGUUGAACAAAUUAGGCCUGACAGACAAACCCUCAUGUGGAGUGCAACCUGGCCCAAAGAUGUCCGACAACUUGCUGAAGACUUUUUGAGGGACUACAUCCAGAUUAAUGUUGGAGCCCUGGAACUCAGUGCCAACCACAACAUUCUGCAAAUUGUUGACGUCUGCAUGGACAACGAGAAGGACCACAAACUUAUUCAGCUGAUGGAAGAAAUUAUGGCAGAGAAGGAGAACAAAACCAUAAUCUUUGUGGAGACCAAGAAACGCUGCGAUGAGCUGACGAGAAGGAUGCGGAGGGAUGGGUGGCCAGCCAUGUGUAUCCACGGAGACAAGAGCCAGCCAGAGAGAGACUGGGUGCUAACAGGUUGGAGAAACACAUCAUCAGUUAUUUUUAGAGCUUCUGUGGCCGCUGAUGGUGAGUUGUCUCAGAAGUUGUUGUUUUUGGCAGAAUUCCGAAGUGGGAAAGCUCCCAUUCUGAUUGCCACAGACGUUGCCUCUCGUGGUCUGGAUGUUGAAGAUAUCAAGUUUGUCAUCAACUUUGACUAUCCGAAUUCUUCGGAAGAUUACGUCCACCGUAUUGGACGUACAGCUCGCAGUACCAAUAAAGGCACUGCCUACACCUUCUUCACUCCUGGGAAUGCACGGCAGGCCCGAGACCUUGUCCGGGUUUUGCAAGAGGCGAAUCAGGCCAUCAACCCCAAACUGCUUCAAAUGGUCGACUCAAGCCACGGAAGAGGAAGCGGUGGCAGAAUGCAUUACCGUGGCAGCAGCUUUAACAAUCCCAAUACGAUGUACCAGGAUCAGUGUCAACGCCGCAUGCGUUCCAGGGAGGGUACCGACAGCAGCAGAGUCAGCCGCUUCGGACGCACUGAUGACCGCCCCUCAUCCUCCUAUGGCGACCGUUACAGGGAUCGAAGCACGAGUGGCCACAGCUCAGAUCAGCACCAGGACUACAGAGGCGGCCACAACUCAAACCUUAGUGGAGGCCUGUCUGCUAGUGGUGAAGGGAUGGACCACUCAAGUCAUCUUCAGGGUCAGUUUGCCCAGCCUCAUCCUCCAUCACUGCCGCCAGGGGGGCCACAGCCUCUCAUGCCUCAGCCGUAUGCGCCACCACAGCCCCCAUUAGUGGGCUUUGUGGAACAACCCCCUUACCAGUUCAACACUCCUUCUGGGCCUUCUCCCCGCUAGUAGUAGUAGCCAUUCAUCCAUUUUCUUUACAGCAUGUUCUCAUUAGGUUCGCAGGUGAUCUGAUGGUGAGCAAGAAGCAGGAGGCACCCUGGACUGAUUGUGACCCAAUUGCAUUAGCAUUGAGAUGAGUGGGAUUAUUUGUUGUAAAUUUAUACUGGUCCACUCUGAGACCUCUGGGAAAGCUAAAAACCCAAAAACCUAUUUACACCAUUCUAUGCAGUUUCUGCCACUUUUAUCUAGAAAACCUAAACUCCAAUAGGGAUUGGGGUCAUACCGCGUAUGUGCUUGUUCUGCUUCAGCAUUACAUGCUUUUGUUGUCAAUGCUCUGGCCUUCGAAAGCCAUUGGCAUAGAUUUAAAAAAAAAAUCCCUUUGUUUCUCAAAGUAGUUUUAAUUACGUUUCGUAUUUUGUACCACCUUAACUAUUGGUCAGAUUCUGGAUGCCCAAUUUGUAUACUCUGCUAAGACAAGGACAAGACAUGCGCGAUGAUAAAUUGGGAGUUUGUAGCUCCAGAGCCCUGCUAGAAUCACGUCAUGUUGGCAGAUGGAGAUGGCGUGAUGGGGUAGUUAUCAUUGCGUGUACGCCAUUAAUUACAGCAUGCAUGCAUAUGCAGGAUGCAGGUGUCUUUUCAGGACUUGGUGAAGCUUUGCACCCUGCUCAGGACAAUUUUAAUUAUGAUUAAUUUAGCUGGUGGCAUGGUGGGUGGACAGCUGGUGUACACGUCUGCCUCUGAAUUCUGAGGGCUUGGGUUCAAAUCUUGCCUCACCUGAGCCUGCAUAUUCUCCCUGUUCCCAUGUGGAUUUUUUUCCGCGUGUUCCUGUUUCCUCCCGCAUCGCAAAACAUGAAUGGUAGAUUUAUUUUAAGACACUAAACUGCCUGUAGGUGUGAAUGUGAAUGGUUGUUUCUGAGUACCCCAGCAAAUGGCUGGCGUCCAGUUCAGGGUGUGCUGCGGCUCUUGCCCAAAGAUGCUGGUCUAGGCUCCAACAUGCCCUCAACCUUAGUGAGGAUAAGCAGUUUGGAAAAUGGAUGGAUGAAUUCAGCUUAGAGUACAUUAAAAAGGGGAAAAACAUUUUGUCCUCAGGGAUCAUUUCUACAAUAGUUUUCUUUUUAAUGAGGAUAAAGUCACAUUUCUAUGCACCGCUUUUAUUAAGUAGAAUUUUUAAGGCUGUUCUCAGUGAAGAACCUCCCUUUAAGAAUUUUGGCUCGUGAUACAGCAUUUAGACAUCGGCUUAUGUUGUGAACAUUCCAUUGUCUCAUGUUCUAACAAAGUUAGCACAGCACUUAUUCAGACUACAAUUUUUUCGUUUUUUUUUUUUUAAAUAUAAUUUCCUGUGCGGCCAUACAUACGAUGGAGGGUUUGGGUUUUGUUUUUUCUAACUCAGCGAAUCAAACAAUCACAUUUAAAUCUAACUUGUGUCGUGAUCAUGGGGUGUCCAUCUUAUAUAUCCUUUCUUUCACCUGUGCAUUCCGCUUUGUCUAUUUGUAGCUAUCAUCAUUUGUAAAACAUGAUGAUUUGACAAGCUCUGCACACACUUUGUUUUCACUCUUUAGGGAUAACUGGAAUUCUGCUCUUGUUGGGCCUCACAAUAGUAGGACUGUUUGGGUUUGGGACAAUGUCCAGGUGAGGUCAGUAUAUCUGCCUGUGAAAUGUUUGGAUUACAAAUUUGUUGUGAAAUUGUUUAAAAGAAAAUACAUGUGCUUAUGCAACGCUUGAGAAAUGUUACACAAGAUGACCUCUGACAAAACUUGUGAUGAUGCAGUCAUAUGUAAGAGCGGAACAAAGAAUUUCUGUCGCAGACCUUUAAAUGUGUCCAUUUUAACUGUUGAUUCAUAUGUUAAAAAUGUAACCACGAAUUAAUCUUAAUGAGACAUUUUACUACUAUUGUAUCUUAAGUUGCACCUCGUUAUACAAUAGUUCAAUAUUAUGUUGACAAGGAACCACUUGGCCUUCAGUACCAUUUUCCCCGAUUUUAAUAGCUCUAUAAUUACAGUGGCCAUAGACUCAUACUGCAACUUAAUUCAAUUUACGAUUCUGAUGUAGCCAUGAACAUAUUACAGUACAGUACAUAAAUGUAUGCAUAACCAAAACUGAAUUGACUCUCAGGUACAUGACUCGAGCAAAUGCACAUGUGGAAUCCAAUCAGAUGUCAGUGAUGUCAACUUUGGACUUAAAACAACAACAAAAAAAGGCAGGAAAUGAGCUAAAACAUUCUGUCAAAGGACAUUCCACGUGUAAAAACUGAAUGCCAAGUGAUUCUAAAAUAAAAAUCCAAAAUGGAAUUUCAUAUUGUGCCAGUCUUGUGAAUAAGAAUUGCCACAAUAAAAACACAGAUUGCAACA